GUGUGAGCGUGUGAGCGGAUGCUGACAUGCCAGCUUACGAAGCAGCGCGCAAUGAAUGUGGCCGCGAAAGUACAAGUAGCGGCCACUACGAGCUCAUCUUCGUCUCCUCCUCUCUCCCUCACGGAACCGGUUUCCCCCAAAGCUUGCAGCAUCAGCGCUCAUCGACCCUCCACUCUGCUUCAUAACACAUCCACUGGUUGGAUCUCUCUCUUCAUCCCCCUCCACGUCCCCAUCCCUACAACGAUGCAGCCCAUCCUCUUGUUCUUGUUUGCCUUUUCGGCCCUCGCCUCCUUCUCGCUCGGCAUGCCUCUCGGGGACACCGAUGCCUCUUAUGCCUAUGGCCCCCUCAUGAGCCGCGACUGCUCGUGCAAGGGCAUGACCAUCUCUACGCCGCCGGUAGACCAACUUCCCAAAUGUGCCGACGGCAGCAGGGCACUAUCGGGCAUCAUCUGCUGCAAGGUCUAC